AUGGAAAGCACGCCACGACAACUUCGGUGCGUGCCCGACGGCCUCCUCCAGCCCGGCCUCUUCGAGGCGAUGGCGUCCUGCAUCCAGCGGCCGGCAGACUUUGAGAACUUCCUCGAUGCGCUUCCGUCGUCGCUCUGGUCGCCGGCGAUGGCGGCGUGGCGAGAGCUGCAAGCCAGCCGGCACAUGCAUCUUCGAUGGCCCUCGAUCACGCUGAGCAGCGUGGAUGAGUAUUCGCCCGACGAGCUGCGCGCGCUGAGCCACGUCGUGUCGCUCCAGCCCUCCGUGUGCUUUGAGGAUGCAGUCUCUGACGUGAGCGAGCUGGCUGCGAUCGUGCCCUGCGUUGGCCCUGGGCUUCGAGUCCUCGCGCUCCGCGUCGACGUGCGCAGCCUGCAUCCUGGUGAUGGACGAGUGCUUGCCGACCUCGUACGCCAAUGCUCGGCACUUCAAGUAUUGGCCCUGCAAAUGGACAGACAAGUGACGGGCGACGAGCCCGAACUGGACGGGCUCCUCCAUGCCAUGGUCCAUCCGACAGUGCAUGAGCUCAACGUGAGCCUUGGCUACUCGCCGUCGCCCGCGUCCCUAGGUCAUCUCGUGGCGCAGUGGCUGCAGCUAGGACGCGCUAAAACGCUCCAGCUAUCUUCUGUCGCAACCAUGUCUACGCAAGUCACGGACGCGCUCUGCGAUGCUCUACAAGCCAGUACGACGCUGCAAGCACUCGAGCUUGAAGCAGUGGAGGGCCUCAACGGCUUUCAUGGCCGCCGGCUACCCUCAAGCCUUCGUCAAUUGCUUUGGGACGACGAGCGCUUCCGCGAAGACGCGCCCGAGGAUGAGGAUGCGCCGAGCGAUGCAGAACUCGACCACCUCGCCCAUGCGCUCCAGCACACUCGCGUCGAAAGCCUGAGCUACCAGUUUCUUGGUGAGCUCGCGUCGCGGCCAUCCGCAUGUCUCAUGCUCUCGCAACUGACGACGCUGCAGCUCUCGGUCGAAGGAAUGGACACCGAUCGGUGGUCGGCGCUGCUGGCAGGUCUGGCCCGCAUGGGCUCGUUACGACAUCUCUUGCUCACCAACAACUACUUGGGCGCGCGACGUCUCCGAGGGCUUCUUACAGCGUUGACGCAGUGCCCGCGCCUCGAAUCGUUGAACAUUUGCCACAACCUCUUGGACGGCGCGUCCAUCACAGCGCUUUUGGCCGCGGUGCCGCAACUCCCGUCGCUGCGCGAGCUCGAUGCCUCGCACGGCGCCGGUGCGUGGUCGCUGGCCCACAUGGACAAUUUUAUGGUGCACCUCGUGGCUGCUGGUCGCCAGCUGCGCUCGCUCGCGAUUUCGCCAGCCCGUGAGACGACCAUCGCCCAUGCGGUCUUGGCGCCCGAGAUCACCGAGACGAUCGCGCUGCUGCUGCCAUGGCCUGGCGCCAUUGCCGCGUUCAUGGGCGCGCUGCCGGCGUGGGCCAAGACCCCGGCGCUCGCCGCUCUCUCGCGACUGUACUCGAUUCCGACAGUAGCCUCGGUGGCAUGGCCUUCGAUCACCGUGCUCCGCCCACAUUUUUCGAGCGCGACGUCUGAGGAUCUCGCCGCUGUCACCGCGCUGUGCCCACGCAUCCACGUCAGCUAUGCCAUCGGUGCGCACGACGACUUGGCGGUCGCCGCCGGGGCCGCCUCCUGCAUCACCUCGCUGCGAUUCGACAUUCAGGACGCUCUAAACGAGGCAACGUGGGCCUUCUUCUGCUCGACCAUCAGCUCGUGCACGCGCCUCGAGAGCCUCGACUAUACAGAUCGGACAGGCGGUCACGACGCGCUCGGCGGUGUCUUCAUGGACCUUCCGCGCCUCACGUCGCUCUCACUCGGCAGUCGCAUGGAUAGCGGCGAGGUCCACCUGACGACCGGCUUUUGCGAGCGCUUCGUUACGUGGCUGCAGACGACGUCCGUGGUUACCUUGAAGCUCAGCCAUGUCACGCUGGAUGUGGAGCCUGCAUCGGCACUCUGCGGCGCUCUCUGUGACGCGAUCGCAACCAGCGCCACGCUCACGUCAUUGGCCCUCAACAACGUCAACUUGUUUGAAGGCGCCUUCUUGCACGGACGAGCGCUGCCGAUGAGCUUGACGUCGCUCGAGUGGGACAAGGACGACAUGUACGACGACAACGGCACGGACGAAGGCUUGGAUAACUUUGUGGCUGCGCUCAUCGACGGCCCGCAUCUGAGGCAUCUCGGCUGCAAGCGAUUCGAGGAGCUCUGGGAAAACGACGAGGUUGUCGAGAAGCUCCGACACCUCACGUCACUUGAAGUCCAAGAAGUUGACUUGGAGGUGCUAGAGCUUUUGACGCACAUGCCGGACCUGGAAAAGCUCGACGUCAAGGGCUCGAUAUUAGAGUACGAGGUCGUGCACGAGCUCGUGAGCGUGCUGUGCGGCUGUCAAAACCUCCGGGCGCUCACGAUGAAGCACAACAACCUUGGUCCGACCGACCUCGAGCUUUUACUGCAGCACGUACCACAGAUGCCUCGCCUGCAGCACCUCGACGUCUCGGAGCACCAACUCACGAUGGACGACAUCCUCGGAAUGCUAGCAGCGCUCAACACGGCGGCGACGCGUCUUGAGACCAUCCGACUGCAUGGCUUCUGGGGGCCCCUCGAGAUUGAGGCGUUCGCGAACGCUGUCGCCCACCUACCACAGCGCCAAAUGGCGCUCGUUCCGCGGCUGCCCGACCCAUGGAAUGCCGAGAUCAAGGCAUUUUGCACGCGAUCAAUCCACGAAUACAACCUCGCACCAGAAGCCGGCUCGUCUCAGUGCAUAAUAUACUUCUAG